AAAUUGGUUGCAUGUUAGAAUUAUGCACACUAGGAAGGGAAGAGGAGAGGAGAGAGAAAAAGAGUUAAGAGAGACAGCUUAGGGUAGAGCUUAUGAUGAUGUCUUUUUAUUAAAGAUCCACAUCUUAUCCUCCUCUCACUUCUGGAGUUCUGGUAGUUCUGUACACAAAUACACAACAAAAUUCAGUAUUUUUAAGGAGAAGCUAGCAUUUUGUUGGUCCAUUCCAUAUUUCCAUAUUUCCAUAAUUCCAUCAUAUAUAUUUUUCUCUUGAGUUUUAGUAGUUACCUACCAAAAUCAGUCUACUGAUCGAGCUGCCGUCACAGAUAAGACGAGGUUUGUGGUUCAUUUUUAAGGAGUACUCCGUAGUAAUUAAGGGAGGUACGACUAAUGGCACAGUUACCUCCUAAGGUCCCUAGCUUACCAAAUCAAAAUUGGCCUCCUGCUUUCCCACCUCACCAAAGAAUGCCCCCUUUAACCAACAAUGUUGGUCCGCAGCAGCAGGCUUCACCCCCGGCUUCUAAUGCGAAUAACUCUAACAACCCUUCUUCCUGGGUUGACGAGUUUCUCGAUUUUACUUCUGUAAGACGGGUUACUCACCGCCGAUCUGUCAGUGACUCCAUUGCUUUCCUUGAAGUUCCUCAUCUUGGUGAUGACUGUCGUAAUUCCGGUAAUGCCGGUGCUGGUGGCUUUGAUAGGCUUGAUGAUGACCAACUAAUGUCCAUGUUUUCUGAUGAUAUCUCCGCCGGGAUAACGGGGAUGGUGGGCCCACCUUCUUCCCCAUCUGAUCAGAAUUCAAAUAAUGAUGAUAAGGAUAUGUCUGCUGAUAACACUAAUUCUAAUGUAAACAAUAACGAUCAACAGCUCCUACAAUGCUUCCCCAAGAGCGAGCCUGGAGAAGUUGAGAGCGCGUGCAACAAUAAUUCUGAUAAUAACAACCAAAUCCCCGCUCCAGCUUCCGAUGACGCCAAUCAGAAUUCCGCUACCGAUAAUAUCCUCGAUCCCAAACGCGUCAAGAGUAGAAUUUUGGCGAACCGGCAAUCGGCUCAAAGGUCAAGGGUCAGGAAAUUACAGUACAUAUCGGAGCUAGAAAGGAGCGUGACUACGUUACAGACGGAGGUAUCAGCCUUGUCUCCGAGGGUUGCGUUUUUGGACCACCAAAGAUUGAUUCUUAACGUGGACAAUAGUGCUCUUAAGCAAAGGAUUGCAGCUUUGGCUCAAGAUAAGAUUUUCAAAGAUGCUCACCAAGAAGCGUUGAAGAAGGAAAUUGAGAGGUUAAGGCAAAUAUAUCAGCAUCAACAACAACAACAACAAAACAUGAAGAACAAGAUGAACACCAACAACACUACCAGCGCAAAUGCAGCGUCCACGCCACCCACGUCCGAUUUUAGCAACAUGGGUUUUGCGGACAAAGAACAACUUAUGACCUAGAACGACUAUUAUUAUUAUUAUUAUUAUUAUUAUUAUUAUUAGAGGUGAUCAAAGGUCAAGUCGAACCUAAAAAAUGCUGGCACUCAGAGGUAACUGAAAAAAUAAUGUUGAAAAAAAUAAAGGAGAGAGAAAAUGAUGAUAGUGUGACUAGUGGUGAUUGUGGUGGUGGUGGGAUUAUCUAACCUGUGUGUAUUCACAUGACAUGUUCCUAGGUUCUUCAACUUUUUUCUUUUUAGUUUUUUUUGAGGUUUUUAUUUGUUUAAUUAAAUUUAAUUAUUUAAUGAGGAGAAGGGGACCAAGAUCAAGUGGAAGAUUCAAGGCUGGUACACUGACACGUGUCCAACAAGUAUGGGGUUCAGAUUGUUGUUCUAAAUUACUAUUUUAACUUAUUUGGGUUAAGAUUUUUUUUUAUUUUUUUUUUGUGAUUUUAUGUUUCGGUUAUUUUCUGAAUUAUUUUUUAGUAAAAGAAUUUAAUUAUUUAUAGGAGAAUUAUUUAUUGGAUGUGAAUUUUUGGGAGGGAGGAAAAGUGGGAGUGUUGGGAGGUUGUCAGAUUGACUGGGGGGUGUGUUCAAUGUCUCAUUGUGAUGACUACUUUUCAUUGUGGAUUAAUUUUUCUAAUUGUAAUAAUGCUCUUGUUAUAUUAUUCUGUUUUUUUUAAUAUUAUUAUUGGUAUGCAAAUGCAAUUGUAUAAAGGAACUUUAAUUUUUUAAAGAAAAGUUCAAAUUGUGUUCGUGUAA